AUGUUGUACGGCAGACCAGAAGCAAUUGUUCAAGCUAUCAUUAAAAAAAUUCGUAGCUUACCGUUCCCUAAUAUCGAAAAGCUGGAGACGGUAGUCAACUUCGCACUGACGGUAGAAAACUUGGUAUCAACCAUCCAGGCGUGUGAGGUUAACGACUUCGUGUAUAACGCUUCCUUGAGGUACGAACUGGUUGAAAGACUACCAUCAACGCUGAAGCUUGAUUGGGCAAAGUAUUCUAGAAACAACACCGACACCAAACCUUCUAGACUUCAGCAGAUGGCUCUAUUCCACCGCAGAAGAUCAAUCCGAACAUAUGCCUUCCUCGACGACGGCUCCGAGUUGACACUAAUGGAGCAAGGCCUAGCUGAUGAGCUAGGAGUGAAGGGACCAACUAAAUCACUCUGUCUAAAAUGGACAGGCGGCACGCGAAGAACCGAAAUUAUGUCCCAGAAGGUAGGGCUAGAAGUAUCCAGCGUAAAUAAUUCUACGGCAAAAUACACACUCUCCGGAGUGCAAACUAUAGAAUCUUUGCAACUUCGCUCUCAGACUCUGCUAGCCGCAAAUUUACAGGAGAAAUAUGAACACCUCUCCAACCUACCCAUUGAAUCAUACUACAAUGUUAGCCCGCGAAUACUUAUUGGCCUGGACCACGCAAACCUUGCUCACGCUUUGAAGAGUCGCGAGGGAAAGUUGCAUGAACCAAUUGCCGUAAAAACAAGACUGGGUUGGGUCGUCUACGGUAGUUGUUCUGAAGAUAGACAGCCAGACUACUUCGUAAACUACCAUAGUUUGAACAAAUGCCAAUGCCGUGAAGGCCUUGACGAGGAUCUUCACCGCACCAUGAAAGAGUAUUUUUCACUCGAUAGCCUAGGAAUUAUACGUACGGAAAAACCACUUUUAUCAAACGAUGAGCAACGAGCCUCGAACAUGCUAGAUACGCUCACUCGACAGAAGGACGGUCGUUUCGAAUCUGGACUCCUCUGGAAGUACGACAACAUUAGGCUUCCGGAUAGCAAGGAAAUGGCACUAAGGCGAUGGGAGUGCCUUGAUCGGAGAAUGCAGAGGGACCCCAUUCUAACCAACACACUGAACUCAAAAAUCACAGAUUACGUGGAAAAGGGAUAUAUCCGGAAGCUGAGCCAAGACGAACUAAAGGCUCCACAUUCUCGUACGUGGUAUCUCCCGGUGUUUCCCGUCGUUAAUCCAAACAAACCUGGAAAAACUAGGCUCGUCUGGGAUGCAGCAGCUACCGUUCAUGGCAUCUCACUUAAUUCAGUUCUUCUAAAAGGUCCCGACCAACUUGUAUCUCUACUAUCAGUCUUGGUUCAGUUUCGGGAAUUUCGAACAGCUAUCACUGGAGACAUUCGCGAGAUGUAUCACCAAGUUUUAAUGAAGGAAGAUGACCAGCACUGUCAGAGAUUCUUUUGGAGGGAGAACAAGACUGAUACGAACCCAAGUAUCUAUGUCAUGCAGGUGAUGACAUUUGGGGCAUGCUGCUCACCAAGUACCGCUCAAUAUGUGAAAAACCGAAACGCAUUAAGGUUUCAGCAGUAUCAUCCUGCAGCCGUUCAGGCUAUAACUAAGCGUCAUUAUGUCGAUGAUAUGCUCGUAAGUGUAGAGUCCGAAGAAGAUGCCAUAAGUUUAGCUCGUGACGUGAAAAUGAUCCACAACGCAGCUGGUUUCGAAAUGCGAAAUUGGAUUUCAAAUUCACAGGCUGUACUCUCUGCAUUAAACGAAGCUACUACAAAUGAAAAAGACCUUAGUGUUGGUGAAGAUACCACUACAGAAAAGGUGCUCGGUAUGUGGUGGAAUACAUCCUCGGAUAGUUUCACCUACAAAAUUUCCCCUCGCUUUGAUAGAGAUCUACUCACCGGUCGCCGUCGGCCAACGAAACGAGAAGUUCUUCGCACCCUUAUGCUGAUGUUCGAUCCUUUGGGAUUGAUAGCUCAUAUGCUGAUGUUUUUAAAAAUGCUACUACAGGAUAUUUGGCGAUCAUCAAUCAGCUGGGAUGACGCAAUCCAGGAUGAGCACUUCGAAAAGUGGUCGACGUGGUUGUCCGUAUUACCGCUGAUAGAACAGAUAGACAUUCCUCGAUGCUACCGAACGUUGACACCCACAGGAGACGAUACUGACGUACAACUGCAUACAUUCGUUGACGCCAGUGAGAACGGCUUUGCAGCGGCAGUGUACCUCAGAUACGAACACAAAGGCGUAAUCGAAUGUGCACUAGUAGCAGCGAAAACGAGAGUGGCUCCAUUAAAGUUUUUGACCAUUCCUAGAUCAGAAUUGCAAGCAGCUAUACUAGGGGUUAGAUUAGCAGACACAGCGAUAAAGUCGUUAUCUAUCACGGUGAAAAGACGAUAUUUCUGGACUGACUCGAGGGACGUGCUCUGUUGGCUUCAUUCAGACCAUCGGCGAUAUAGCCAAUUCGUCGCGGCCCGUAUUAGCGAAAUACUCGAAACAACUAACGUUCAUGAGUGGCGCUGGGUACCAACGAAGUUGAAUGUUGCGGAUGAAGGCACAAAAUGGAAAAAGCAACCAGAUCUGCGUCCUUCUAGUCGCUGGUUUCGCGGUCCCGACUUUCUUUGGAUGUUCGAAGCAGAAUGGCCGGCUAUUCCACGAAAUGUUGGAUCUACACCUGAAGAGAUUCGCCCCCAUCUACUCGUCCACAGCGUGGAGACAGAACCAAUAAUUACCAUCGAAAAUUUCUUUCAAUGGAUGCCAUUGCUACGACGAAUGGCCUACGUUUUCUGA